CGUCCAUUCUCUCUCUCCCUGUGUGAAACAUGCAAACAAGCAAGCAAGAGUGUGAUUUUUAUCUGUGUCUAUCCAUCUACAUCAUCACCUUCAUCACUGGUUUCCCAGCCAACAUUUUGGCCUUCUAUACGUUCGGCCGUAAGGUGUGGAGGAAGCCGACCCCCAUCGACAUCCUCCUCCUCAACCUCACGAUCUCAGACUUGCUCUUCCUCAUCGUCUUGCCCUUUAGGAUGCAGCAGGUGGUGGAUAACAUGAUCUGGAACAUGCCUUACUUUCUAUGUCCGAUGUCGGGCUUUAUCUUCUACAUGACCAUCUAUAACAGCACCUUCUUCUUGACCGCGGUGAGCGUUGAGCGUUACCUCGGCGUGGCUUUCCCCCUCCAGCACUCGAUGAGAAGACGACCCCUCUACGCCGUGUUUGCCAGUAUCUUCAUAUGGUUGUUUUCAGUGCUCCACCUAAGCAUCGUCUACAUCAUGCCCUACUACAACCCGCCCGGGACGGAGUCGGCUCCCAGGAACAUCUGUUACGAGGGAUUCACGGACGCUCAGCUGCAGAUCCUCCUGCCCGUACGCCUGGAGUUGUGUGUGGUUCUCUUUUGCAUCCCCUUCAUCAUCUGCAGCUUCUGCUAUGUAAACUUCAUUCGCAUCCUCUCACGGCUGCCUAACAUCGGGCGGCGUAGAAAGUUGCGGGCCAUCGGUUUGGCGUUGGGUACGCUGUUGGUGUUCGCUCUCUGUUUCGGACCCUACAAUGUCUCUCACGUCAUCGGCUUUGUAACAAAUUCGAGCCCGACCUGGAGAGACAAAGCUCUGCUGUUCAGCACGUUUAACGCCUGUUUGGACCCGCUUAUCUUUUACUUCACGUCUGCGGCUGUGCGGAAAGCGCUGGGAAGCGUCUGGAAGAGAUGCUGGUGUCCGCACGUCCACUGGGGUUCUAAGAAGAAACCUAUCGAAACUGAAAAAAGCGGCCUGCCGAGACCUCAGGAGGUCAACGCCAUAUGACAACCGACUGUUUGUAUUUUUGCAUUUUAUCACCAAUAAACAUUUUUAUACUUCCUGGAAAGACUUGCGAGCAGGAACUGCUUCACGUGGAGAGUAUUAUCUUAGGAGAAGAAAAACACUGCGGCGAAACUCGUGUGUACAUAAAGAGACUGAAUUGUGUGUCUGCAAACAGGGCAUAAACUUCCCUUUAUUAGGUUUUGUGCCGAGUGUUUAUACAGCGAGAAAUAAAACCACAGUCGGAGCUCAUUGCAGACAGAGACUAAAUAACAAACUUGUAGCCAUUACUCACUUACCUCAAUACAAACAGAAAGGAGAAUGAAGACAUUGAUUAUUGAGCGACAGUUUGUACAGCUUACAGAUGAAGGAGCCACAUUCACCAAUACUACGAGCAGCAGCAUCAUUUAAAAGUGUCACAUUAAUAUUUCAAAGCUGUUCACAUCUGAGGAUUUUAAUGACUGGGGUCUGACAGUGAUGUCGA